AUGGCGUCGGUUGUUUCGUGCUCCAAAAUGCUUAGUUUGCUAGUGAAUCGUAAGAACAUUAACAUGUUAACUAACGUAUUUGUCGAGAAGCCGUACAGACCGUUGGAGGUGGACGAAAUGAGAAUUCGAUAUAAAUUCGAUAGACUCAUAUAUAUCAAUACGCUUUACUAUGCGAUUUUGGUUGAGACAACUUGCGCGUGUAUCACUGUGACGUCCUUAUUCACGAUGUUCAGAAAAGGAAAUUUAACAUACAGAGCAUGGCUACCGUAUGACUAUAAUUCGUCCACCAUCGUAUUUUGCCUCACAUACGCUCAUCAACUUAUUAGUCUGACGGCUGGAUCGCUCGUCAAUGUCGCCUGUGACAGUCUUAUUUGCGGAUUGCUGGUACACAUUUGCUGCCAGAUCGAAAUCUUAGAAUGUCGAUUGAGCAAAAUAUCGGAUAAUCACGAUGCUCUUCGCGACUGUGUACGUCACCACGACAGUAUAUUGCAGUAUGCACUGGAAUUAAAUUAUAAAUUCAGAAUGACUAUUGCCAUGCAAUUUAUAGUGAGUACAUUGGUGGUAUGUUCUAAUUUGUACCAAAUGACUAAAUCAACGUCCUUAAAUGCGAGCUAUCUUCCCUUACUGUUGUACAUGUCCUGCAUGUUAACACAAAUUUUUAUCUAUUGCUGGUAUGGGAAUGAAGUAAAGUUGAAGAGCACUCAACUACUCAACAACAUUUUCGCGAUGGAUUGGGUAACAAUGAACAGAAAUGUUAAAGAGAGCUUAUUAAUAAUUAUGAAUCGUGCAGUAGUACCAAUAGAAUUUACCAGCGCUUACGUUCUGUCUAUGAAUCUCGAUUCUUUUGUUGGGAUACUUAAGACAUCGUAUUCCGUUUAUAACAUAUUAAAACAAGUUCUCGAAUUUACAUUAAAAAUUCUUACGAUUGUGGGAUGUUGGCCACCAAAUUCAUGGACGUCGUUAUGCAAACGUACUGUAUAUAACGCAUAUACGGCUUUCGUAAUAUUGUUACUAUUCACCUUUAUGCUGUCACAACUUAUGGAUGUCAUUCUAAACGUCGACAAUACCGAUGAUUUUACGGAUACUUUCUAUAUCAUGCUCGCCAUCUUCAUUUCUUGUUGUAAAAUGGUCGGGCUUUUGAUAAAUCGCAAGAAUAUAGGAUUAUUAACCAAUAUCCUUACCGAGAAACCAUUUAUUCCAUUGGAGGCUGACGAAAUAGAAAUUCGCCAUAAAUUCGACAGAACGAUACAAACUAAUACUUUAUGGUACACAAUUUUGGUCGAUUCGACGUGUGGAUGCGUUAUAUUGACAUCGUUAUUUACGGAUUUUCAAAAAGGUAAUUUAACGUAUAGAGAGUGGACGCCGUAUAAUUACACAUCCGAGGUAGUAUUCUGUGUCAUAUAUGCUCGUCAAUUAAUAAGCUCGACUUUCGGCGCCAUGGUGAACGUUGCGUGCGACAGUCUGAUUUGUGGUUUAUUAUUGCACGUAUGCUGUCAGCUCGAAAUACUGGAGUGUCGGCUGAAAAAGAGUUCCUUUGGACAAGACAAUCUGCGCGAUUGUGUACGUCAGCACGACUGUAUAUUUAAAUUCGCGUUAAUGGUGAACGAAAAAUUCAAGAUAAUUAUCGCCAUUCAAUUUAUUGUGAGCACCCUGGUGGUGUGUUCCAAUUUAUAUCAAUUGGCGAGAAUAACAUUAAAUGCGCAAUGUUUUCCAUUGGUAUUAUACACAUGCUCCAUGCUGACGCAAAUUCUUAUCUAUUGUUGGUAUGGGAAUGAAGUGAAGCUAAAGAGUGUCCAACUUGCCCCUCAUAUCUUUGAAAUAGGAUGGCUGACAAUGAAGCCAAGCAGAAAACAAAACUUAUUAAUAAUUAUGAAUCGCUCUUUAGUACCCAUUGAAUUUUCUAGCGCGUACAUUCUUACAAUGAAUCUCGAGUCUUUCGUGAGCUUACUUAAAACAUCAUAUUCGGCUUAUAACAUAUUACAACAAAUGCAAACAACAUAAUU